UGACAGUCCCCUGCACGCUUUUCCGGUACUAACGGAAACAGUUCCUGAGCUGUUUGGUGUCACCUCGUUUGUUGUCCGGUUCAUCCUCCUGGUUUGAUGCUGUUUGUUUCGGAGACUAGUGGAUGUUGCUGCAGAGAUGGAGUGGAAUCACAAAAACAGCGAAGUGUCGGACAGAGUUUGAGACAAAGGGAGGGGGCUCGCGUUAGUUCUCCAGAUGAAUUAAUUGCUGGCUGGAUUUUUAUAGAGGAAAUAAAAACUAAAAUCGGGUUGAAAUGAAGCUGCUGAAGCCGAGCUGGGUGAGCCACAACGGCAAACCCAUAUUUUCAGUUGACAUUCACCCUGAUGGGACAAAAUUUGCAACCGGUGGACAAGGAGAGGAUUCUGGGAAGGUGAUGAUCUGGAACAUGGCUCCAGUCCUCCGAGAAGAGGAUGAGAAGAAUGAGAAUAUUCCCAAAAUGCUUUGCCAGAUGGACAAUCACCUAGCGUGUGUGAACUGUGUGCGCUGGUCCAACAAUGGGCUGUACCUGGCAUCGGGAGGGGAUGACAAGCUGGUCAUGGUGUGGAAGAGGGCUGCAUUCAUCGGCCCAAGCACGGUGUUCGGCUCGAGCAGUAAGCUGGCCAACGUGGAGCAGUGGAGGUGUGUCACCAUCUUGAGGAACCACACUGGAGAUGUGAUGGACGUGGCGUGGUCGCCUCACGACGUAUGGCUGGCCUCCUGCAGCGUCGACAACACCAUCGUUAUCUGGAACGCCCGCAAAUUUCCAGAAAUGGUAACAUGUCUGCGAGGACACACCGGGCUGGUUAAAGGUCUGACGUGGGAUCCGGUGGGGAAGUACAUCGCCUCUCAGGCUGAUGACCACAGCCUCAAAGUGUGGAGGACGGUGGACUGGCAGAUGGAGGCCAACAUCACCAAACCAUUCAAUGAGUGCGGCGGGACGACCCAUGUCCUGCGUCUCUCCUGGUCUCCAGACGGUCAGUAUCUGGUGUCGGCUCAUGCCAUGAACAACUCCGGUCCCACUGCUCAGAUCGUGGAGAGAGACGGCUGGAAGACCAAUAUGGACUUUGUAGGCCACCGUAAAGCUGUCACUGUGGUGAAAUUCAACCCAAAAAUCUUUAAGAAGAAGCAGAAGAACGGCAGCUCUGCAAAGCCCAGCUGUCUGUACUGCUGCUGCGCUGUCGGCAGCAAAGACCGAUCGCUGUCCGUCUGGCUGACCUCACUGAAGCGCCCUCUGGUGGUCAUUCAUGAUCUUUUCGAUAAAUCGAUUAUGGACAUUUCCUGGACUCUGACAGGUCUGGGGAUGUUGGUGUGCUCAAUGGACGGCACUGUGGCCUAUCUGGACUUCUCACUGGAUGAACUCGGAGACCCACUGAGUGAGGAGGAGAAGAACAGCAUCCACCAGAACAUGUACGGUAAAAGUCUGGCUAUAACCAGCACCGAGGCUCAGCUCUCCAACACCAUCAUCGAGAACCCAGAGAUGCUCAAAUACCAGCAAGAGCGACAGAAUUCCGCCCAGGUCAACUCAGGGCCGGGCAGCGCCGGGUCCGAGUCCUCAGCCCCUAAACUCAACAGUGUGAUGAAUGGAGAAUCUCUGGAGGACAUCAGGAAGAACCUUCUGAAGAAGCAGGUGGAGACGAGAACCGCGGAUGGCAGACGACGGAUCACACCACUGUGUAUAGCUCAGCUGGACACAGGGGAUUUCUCACCGGCUCUGUUCAACAGCGUCCCCAUCCUACCCUCGGGUUCCUCCGUGUCCAGCCAGCUCACCCCCCAGCUCAGCUCCGACUCCAGCCCAGGACAGGGCCCUUCUCUGGGACUCAGACCCAACCAUGACCCCAUGCUCACAUCGCCUCCACCCAGCAGCGCCCCCAAGGGUCUGGAGGACAACAAGGAUGGUUUAAAGUCCAGUCUGCUGCUCACUUCUGCCUCCAAGAUUGAGCCAAUGAAAGCUUUGGACUCCAGGUUCACAGAGAGGUCAAAGGCGACACCGGGGGUGACCGCCGCCAUCUCGUCCACCGCUGGACUCACGCCUCUAGACAGCAGGCCAAAAGAUGGCGUCUCUGCCCUGAAAGACAUAAAAAACAAAGAAGACACCAGCAGUGACAGCGAAGACAAGAUGGCCACCAUCAACAAAAACCUGUCAUUCAGCAAGAGGAAACCCGAGUUGCUGAUGGAUGGAGGAGAGGUCGUGGAGAAGAGGAAGAAGGGACGGCCCAGGAAAGACAAGAUGGCCGCUACCAUGGCCCAGACGUUUAGUCAGAUAAGUGCUCCAGCAGAUCGGGAGCCCAGCAGGGUGGCAGCUCCGGCCCAUGUCACCAUUCUUAAGCUACCAACACCAAGCACACAGAAGGCCUUCCGUCUGCAGGUGAGCAUGGAGCCGUCGAUGUUCCUGGAGGUGGAGAACGAUGUGUCGGUGGUGGCGGGUUCGAAGCUCAGCCAGCUGCGCUGCUCCAGAGUCGGGCGAGACUGGAGCACACUGCUGCCCAGCCCAGUGGUCACAGCUGCAGGGAGCAGUGACGUCCUCGCUGUGGCCUGCGAGGACAGGACACUGUCGGUGUUCUCUUCCUGUGGGCGGCGGCUCAUUCCAGCCAUCCAGCUGGCCACACCUGUGUCGGCUCUGCACUGCUCGGCCCACUUCAUCAUGGUUCUGACUGCUGGAGCAGCUCUGUCUGUCUGGGAUGUUCAGAAACAGAAGGCUCUGGUGAAGAAUGAGUCUCUGCUGACCAUGUUAUCAGGUGCUGACACCACAGUGUGUCAGUCUCUGCUGACUCAACAGGGAGUCCCAGUUAUCGAACUGUCCAAUGGGAAGUCAUACUGCUUCAGCUCCUCGCUGGAGACAUGGACUCUGAUAGCAGAUAAAGGAGACUCUCUGAUCCAGUGUGCUGACUUCAGGAGCUGCUUGCCUACCCAGGAUGCACCUGUGUCCUCGGGGCCGCUGGCUGUUGUACAGGGACGCAACCUCAACGCCGGCCGUCUGGCGUCCCGCCUCUCGUCCACCCCCCACCACCUGCAGCAGAGCAUGACGCUGGCCUUCCUGGAGAAUCAGCUGGCAUCCGCUCUGGCUCUGCAGUCAGCGCAGGAGUAUCGCUGCUGGCUGCUCAUCUACGCCCGCUUCCUUGUCAAUGAAGGCUCCGAGCAUCGUCUCAGAGACCUCUGUAAGGAGCUGCUGGGUCCUGUCCACAGAUCAGCUGCUACAGCCUGGGAGCCCACCACUCUGGGUCUACAUAAGCGGGAGCUGCUGCGGGAGGUUUUACCCGUCAUUGGUGAAAACCUGCGAUUCCAGAGGCUCUUUACCGAGUACCAGGACCAACUGGAGCUGCUGCGCAACAAAUAACACACAGACUGACGCAGACACACACCUGGAACCAGUUUGGUUCGGCUUGGCUCGCGCGAGUAAACUCUGACUGCUUUCAUCCCCUUGGGAAGCCUGAAGCUCUGCUCUGGCUGAGACCUGACAAACACAUCCUGGUGUUUGACUCUGUCUGAACUCUAACAGCCAGCCCACAGCUUCUCAGUGCUGUCGCUCACAGGGACAAGUGGGUGCUUACUUUUUUUUUUUUUUUAAUCAUGGUUUCAGUCCCAACUGUCGUCUUUUGUCUUUUUUCCUGUUAAAUGAUGUUUUCUGACCUAUGCACCUCUCUCCUGCCCUGCUAAUCAUGAACUGAAAGAGAGACGGUGAAAGAAAGGUGGCACUGCCAGUGCGCAGCAUCAGCAGCCGUGUCCUGUUCAAUCUGUUAGCCUCCUCACAGAGAGAGAGAGCGGAGGUGAGCGGAUGUAAAGGAGCAAUAUGCUUUUACCAAAGCGAUGCCUUCAAGUGCAGAAACAACCAGACACCUGCAUUUGCAAAGUGGAGACAGUGAAGGAUGUCCAGAGGUUCAGCCAGGUUUUUAAAAGCUGAUGAAUCUGCGUGGUGACCAUGCUAAUGCCAAAAAGUCAAGCCACAGCAAAACAAAUGAUUAAUUUCAGAUCAGGAGAAAAGGAGUCAAAGGAAUCUGACGUGUUUGAGUAAUGAAAAACUUUUUUUUUAUGUUGCAGCUGCUUGCUAACACAUGAGGACAGUCACACAAAGAGCACUUAAAGCAGCUCAGAUGUUAGAAAAUGGUGUUGCACAUGAACAGGAAGCACAGCAGCUGAGUUUGUACUGACUGACUUUAAACUCUCCUGGUUUCAGACAAAGAAAUCAGCUAACAUAAACACAGCGUCAGACUGAAUCAAAGUCAGAAACAAAGCAACAGGGUGCGGCGUAGAUGAGUCACAGCUUUAUCUGCAGCUGUCUGUCGAUAGGCGCCACGUUUCUAGCAGCACUUUGACAUCAUGCCACCAGGUGUUAGACCCAGUGUGUCUGUGUUGUCUGGAAGAAUCACUGCCUCCAUCAGUACCUCAUCACCAAGGGUUUAACAUGAGUUGAGUGCUUAAACAGUUCAUUGUUAUUAUGUUAAAUGAAAUUUAGAGCCAAACUCACCUUUUACUGUUUUUGUUCUGUUGUUGUCUGCAGGAGGUUCUGGUUUAGAGGAGCUUUUUGAUCUGGUUUUUCUGUAAACUUCUGCCACACAUGUCUGAACAGAUGCAUUGUAAAUAUCAGCUGCUGUCUCAGGGAACGCUUCCUUUCCUGGGCUUCAGUAUGUCAUAUUGUGUGUCACAGAUUUUCAAGGUGCAUCAUGAGCAUUAAUUAAACAAGUGUCUGAGGGAACCAGAGACGUGCUAUAGACUAACACCACAAACUUUGCUCUUGUUAAUCCAACUAAGGCUGGAGAAUCUGAGAUUGUAGUAUUGUUGAAAUCAUGACUGUCUCAUCAGAGAGAAUAAAUAUUUGUAAAUAAGCUGAAAUCAGUCUUGUAAAGGCUAAAUGACUUUUUGCUGCACCACUGUUUGCGGUAUCUUUUGCAGAAACCACUGCUGAGGGGAACCUUGUUUUGUUUGUCUGACAUCCAUUAACUUGAUGUCUUCACAGGUUUCAGAGCUCAUGAAACCAGCAACACAUCCAUGGAGUACACAUCCAUGGAGUUCACAUUCAGGCUUAUGUUUGUGCACUCAGCUCAGUGUGUGUGUGGACGGGUGGAGCAUGAGCUCACAAGCUUGUUCACUGCUGUAUCUCACUGAGCUGAGUGGAUCAAACAAGUCCAGAGGAAGAACUCAUCCUGAUUUCUAUACAGCAUCUUUCUCUGCUUCGUUUCUUUGUUUUUUCUUAGUCAUUUUUAAAUGUUUUAUUCAAAGCAUUUUUGUUUGUUUCCUUUUUCUAUAAGAGACAAACUAAAAUUGUGCUUUUGAAGAAAGGAAAUUAAACAAAUGAGGAGCAGCUGGGUUUUGGU